GCUGUGCUGUCUGCCCGGACAUGCCGAGAGGGAGACCGGAAGCCAAUUGUCAGUUCCGGGUUUUCUGGGCUACUACGAUGGCGAUGAGUUUCGAGUGGCCGUGGCAGUACCGCUUCCCGCCCUUCUUUACGUUACAGCCGAACGUGGACACUCGGCAGAAGCAGCUGGCCGCCUGGUGCUCUCUGGUUCUGUCCUUCUGCCGCCUGCACAAACAGUCCAGCAUGACGGUGAUGGAAGCCCAGGAGAGCCCGCUCUUCAACAACGUCAAGCUACAGCACCAUCCCCUUAACCUUACACCAGGGAAACUUCCCGUAGAGUCAAUCCAGAUUGUAUUAGAGGAGCUCAGGAAGAAAGGGAACCUCGAGUGGCUGGAUAAGAAUAAGUCUAGCUUCCUGAUCAUGUGGCGGAGGCCAGAAGAAUGGGGGAAACUCAUUUAUCAAUGGGUUUCCAGGAGCGGCCAGAACAACUCUGUGUUUACCCUGUAUGAACUGACCAGUGGGGAAGACACAGAGGAGGAAGAGUUCCAUGGGCUGGAUGAGGCGACCCUACUUCGUGCUCUACAGGCCCUACAGCAGGAGCACAAGGCUGAGAUCAUCACUGUCAGUGACGGCCGAGGAGUCAAGUUCUUCUAGCAGAGACCUGUCUCCCUCUGCUUCUUACCUCCCACCUUUCCAGGGCUUUCAAAAGGACACAGACCAAGUGUCCCACAGACUGGACCCGUCACUCCACCAGACUCAAAGGGCUCAAGUCCUGAAAGCUCAGACUUAGGGAUCUUUCCCGCUUACUCCAUCUGUCUGUCCCAGGGACAGAGUGAGCCCACGGUGCCAGGGAAAAAGGAUGUUUCUCGCCCUCCCUCCUUUCCCAUCCUAGACUGUCCCUGGGCCAGGGUCUAUAAACCUGACACUUUA